UGGCGAGAGCAACAGAGAAGAAGCUAGCAGCUAGCUAACAUCAACUGUCCGGUGAACCGCCGCCAUGAACGUCCCGUCUACCGUCCGAUGAGUUCCCAGUGAGUCCGGACUUUAUCGAUAUGGAUCUGAACGCGGUGAAUCGAUCUCCCAGAGAGGAGGGCGAGCUGGAAGACGGAGAGAUCUGCGACGAUGAGACCGAGGAGAGUGUGCCGAUCCGGCGGGGGGAUGGUAGCAGGCCGGGCCGCGGCGCUCCUCCGCGGCCUCGCAAACCUCACCAGCAUCCGCACAACAUGUUGCCCCACCCGGGCCACCCGGGCCACCCGGGCCACCCCGGCCACCCGCCGCCAGAGUUCCGCCUCAUGCGGCCGUACAACCGCGGCCCUUUCCCGCUGAGCCACCGACAGCAGUGCGGGCCGAGCGGGCCCGACCGGCCUCCAGCUCCCUCUCCUCCGCCGCUGCCGCCGCCGCCGCCGGGACUCGGGCCUCACGGCGAGCCGAGCCCGAGAACCAGCUUCUGGGAGCGGAGCCACGGUGCCCUGGGCCGGUUCAGACACCGGGCCAUGCCGAACGGUGGACGCGGGAGUUGGAGCCGAGCCAGUCGGGGUGGAAACAACAGAGGUCCCCCCGGUCGUUACGGGCCCGGAGAGAGUCACAGCUCCCCCUCCAGAAAACAGAAACCUCAGGGCAGGAACCAGACCAGGAAACCAGCUCACAGUGUUCAAACCAAACCAGAGAACAGUGUUGACGAGUCCUUCGAGGACCUCCUGUCCAAGUAUAAGCAGAUCCAGCUGGAGCUGGAGUGCAUCCGAAAAGAGGAGACCAUGGCUCUGGAGCCCAAAGACUCCCCCGCCAGAGACCAGACCCCAGACCCCAACGCCGCCAGUAUUGCAGAGACCAAACCAGUACCCCAACAACCCGUUCCCAGUCCGGAGGAAGCGUCUGAGCUGGAGAUGGCGGAGAAGAAAGUGUUCCAGGCGUUCAACAUCAAACCUCUCCGCUAUAAACUGCCCGUCCCCGUCAACCUGGACGAGCUGAAGAGGAAGUGGGAGGAGCAGGAGACGGGAGGCGACACUGGGGAGCAGGAAGGAGUAGAAGAAGAAGACAGAAGAACAGCAGCUGGAGCAGAAACGGAACAAAGAGCCAGUGAAGAAGACGUGGAGGUGAAGAAGACGUGUCCCUGCUGCAGCGAAGAGACGGACAAAGAUGAGAAAACCAUAAAGACGUGUUCGUGUCGGAGAGAAUCGUCGGCGUCUAGCGAAGACUCGCUCGUCUCUCCUGACAAGCCGGUGGUGAAGGUGGAGGAAGAGGAGCUGUCGGAGCUGCAGCUGCGUCUCCUCGCUCUGCAGUCGGCCAGUAAGAAGUGGCAGCAGAAGGAGCAGCAGGUGAUGAAGAAGAGCAAAGACCGGAUCACUAAAGUGGUCCAGGAGAAGAGCUCCAGCUCUGGAGCCGCUCUGCCCAGCAGGCAGAGGGUCACCACCAGGUCGGCCUCUGCUGCUGCUGCCACCGCUGCUGCUGCCACCGCUGCUGCCGCCGCUACAGACAGGAGCAGAACCAGGUCCAAGCCACUGGUGAGGGACCGAGACAGAACCAAGACUGGCCCCAGACCUCCAGACAGAGAAAGAGAGAGGCUCAAACCGGGUCCUAAACCUGGUCCCAAACCUCCGCUGGAGAGAGGCAGAGCUCCAGGAAAACCGCACAUGGCCAAAAAGAUGAUCAGUCCAGGCUCGGCAGCGAAGCAGGCAUUCAGGAAGCAGCAGCUGAGGACGUGGAAGCUGCAGCAGCAAAGAGAGCAGGAGGAGAAACGUCGACAGGAAGAGGAAGAGCGCCGCAAACGAGAGGACGAAAUCCGCAGGAUCCGCGAUCUGUCCAACCAGGACGAGCAGUACAACCGCUUCAUGAAGCUGGUGGGAGGGAAGACGAUGACACGCAGCAAAUCCAGAGACCGGGAACACAGGAAGUCUGCAGGUAAACAAGGUCUGGAUGCCUCAGGGAACCUCUACCAGUAUGACAACUAUGACGAGGUGGCGAUGGACACGGACAGCGAGACCAGUUCACCAGUACCGUCACCGACACAUGAGCAGCUUCCGGCAGACGAUCCAGGAUGUCUUCCUCAGGUGUGUCUUUAUGUCUCCGACUCUCAUCACUUUGGAAUGCCGUUCCUCUCCCCCAUGCUGUCUGGCAUUCCUCCUCCGCCUCCACCCCUCCCUCCUCCACCAGACGAGCUGGAGCCUCCUCCCAAGCCUCCCUUUGCAGAUGAGGAAGAGGAGGAGGAGAUGCUGCUGAGGGAGACCUGUCUGAUGUCUAUGGCCAACAAGAGAGUGUCAGCAACUGAGGAGAAGAGCUCCAGUGGUCCUCCAUCUCCCAGCUGUCCCCCUCCUGCCGGUGUCCAGCAGCCCACCAGAGGAAACCUGAGCACCGUCAGCCUGAACACGGUGUCUCAGUCCAGAACCAGCAAGUUCACCAGAGGACACCACAGUGUCAGAGCUCCACUGGUGCUGCCCAGACACAAGUCUGUGGUGGUUUCUCUCAACGACUCAGAUGACAGCGACUCUGAUAUGGAUGCCUGCAGCUCAUCACAAGUGGCAUUUGGAGGACUGGAGUUCAUGAUCAAAGAGGCCCGAAGGACGGUCGAGGCAGCGAAGCCUAAAGCAGCGUCGGGAUCAGAGAAGGAGAACAACCCGGUCAGAACUCCAGAAGCUCUUCCUGAAGCCAAGAAGGCCGAAUACCGUCUGCUCAAAGAGGAAAUAGCCAGCCGGGAGAAGCAGAAGAUGUUGAAGGAUCAGGUUCUGAGCACUCGGAGCUCCAGCUCUCCUGCUGGUUCUGAUCCUGGUCUGGAUUCAUCGGCUGUAGAGCUGAAACGGAGUGAGGCAGAGCAGAGACUGCACAAACACAGGGAGCUGCUGCAGAGGGACGAGGCCGUCCUCAGACACCUGCUGCAGCAGGAGCUGAAGAAGAGGGAGUCCCUGAAGGCAGCAGAGGGGAAGGUGGCCAAACUGAGAGAGCAGCUGCAGGCCUCAGAGAAGAUCGUCAGCGCCAACAGGACCCUGCUCAAGAAGCUGCAGGAACAGGUGCACCGUGUUGAACAUCGAGUGUCCAUAAAGAAGAGCAUGGCGGUGAGGCUGGAGCAGGAGCUGAACCAGGCUCAGCUGUCUGCAGGCAGAGGAUCCAAACGCAGGACAGACUCCAACCAGACGCUGCCCAAUAAGCUGCAGCGCUUGGACGGCGCCCCCCGCGGGUCAGAGCGCCACUUUGCGGAGCUGAUCGCACAGAAGCAGCGUCUGCAGCAGUUGGAGUCAGAGUAUGCCCUCAAGAUCCAGCAACUGAAGGAGGCUCAGGCCCUGCGCAACAAAGGGGUCCCCUCAGAACCCCCCACAGAGCCUCCGCUACGAGCCUCCACCCCUCCUGACCCUCGGGUCCAGAUCCCUCCUCCUCCCUCCGCCUCCUUCCCUCUGCCUCAGCCCUCACUGCACGACCUCACCCAGGACAAACUAACCCUGGACAGCGAGGACGUCCCCGAGGCCGACGACCAUGAACCAGAACCUAAACCCGCCGCUGCCACCAACGCCACUAAAGGGGGCCGCCGGCACUCCUUCCGUCAGUCCAACAGCACGAAACCCAACCUGGAGCAGCCGAGCUCCACUCCUGCUAAAGACAGCAGCUCCUCCAAACCCGCCAAGACCUCCCCCAGCUCCAGACCUCCUGCAGAGAUGUUUGCAGGUCUGGACCUGGACGCUCUGAGGCUGAGGUACCAGCAGCAGCCCCGGUUGGGAGAGCUGCUGCUGAGGGAGCUGCACAGGGCAGGACAACAGGUGGACAGCCCCCCACCUGCACAGGUGCUGUCAGUGGAGGUGGACGCAACCAGCAGCCAAUCAGGGAGCUCAGAGCUGAAGCCGGUUCCCUUUGGAUCAUAUCACAGCCCCCUGCUGGUCUUCAGGUCAUACAGGUUCAGUCCGUUCUACAGGACCAAGGAGAAGUUGUCUCUGAGCUCUGUGACCUACAGCAACUCCAUCCAACCCAGGAAGUGUUUCUGUCGCUUCGACCUGAUGGGAACCUGCAACGACGACGACUGCAGUUGGCAGCACAUGAGGAACUGCACUCUGACCCCAAACCAGCUGUUCCAGGACCUCCUGUCCUACAACCUGCCGCUGAUCGGCUGUUCUGAGAGCAGCUCGGACGAAGACGUCAGCAUGGCCACAGAGAAAUACAUGAAGAAGCUGUUCGGCACAAACAAAGACCGGAUGGGAGUGGACCAGAAGGCCGUCCUCCUCGUCAGCAAAGUCAACGAAAGCAAACGACACGUCCCUCCGUUCACCACCUGUAAGGACACCAGGAGGUGGAGGCUGAAGCCGACGGCACAGAGCGGCUGCAGCGCCGAGGACGACAGUGAGGACGAGACAGCGGCUGGAAGCACGGUGGCCGGGAGACACGACGUGUGCUCCAGGACCAGCCUGUCCGCUCUGGACGUGUGCGUCACAUCAGAGGACAAACGUUAUUUCGUCAGUGAGACAGAUGACAUAUCAAACCUGGAGACCAGCGUCCUGGAGAGUCCCGGAGACACUCAGCUGUGGAUCAAGCUGGCCUUCAAAUACCUGAACCAGAAUGAGACGUCUGCAGCAGAGUGUCUGGAAGCGGCCUUGAACACGCUGUCUCGCGCUCUGGAGACCAACUGUGACAACCCGGAGGUGUGGAGCCACUACCUGUCCCUGUUCUCCAGACGGGGCAGCAGGGAGGAGGUCCAGGAGAUGUGUGAGAUGGCUGUGGAGCACGCACCCGACUACCAAGUGUGGUGGAACUAUUUGAACCUAGAGAGCUCUUUUGAGGGGAAGGAUUAUGUCUGUGAGCGUCUGCUGCAGUUUCUGCUGUCUGAGUCGUCUCCUGCCGUCUCAGAGCGACGUUCCUUCCAGCUGAUGGAGGCUCUGCUCUACAGGGUGGAACUCAACCUGUUCACAGGACGCAUGGAGAGCGCCCUGGCCAUCCUACAGAACGCCUUGAAGUCUGCCCACGACAGGAGUAUCGCCGAGCACCUGACCGCCACUGACCGCGCUCUGCUCUGGCUCUCCUACAUACACCUAACGGAGUUCGACCGGCUGCCGUCCGGCUUGUUCAACCCGGCGGAGUCCGGUCCGUCCAGACUGGUUAGCAGAGAGUCCUUCCUGCUGCCCUGGACGAGCCCGCAGGACGUCAGCACGCCGCUCGACAUCCUUGUCGCUCUCUUCCAAGACGCCAUCCAUCAGUGCAGUGACGAGUCUCUGUCCCAGAGUGAGAGGACGCUGGCCUGCCUGCCUCUUCACACCAACCUCAUCUUCCUCAACAAACUGCUGCAGAGGUUCGAUGAGGGUGUUGUUCUGUGUGAGUCUCUGCUGGAGUUUCGUCCCGAGUCCUGCACCCUGAGAGACUCUCUGGCCGACCUCCACAUCAGCAAAGGAAAUGCAGAUCAGGCGGUCAGCAUGUGGCUUCAUGCUCUGGCCGAGUGUCCCAACAACGCAGAGGUCUUCUAUCACUCCUGCAAGUUCCUCAUGGCCCAGGAGAAGUCGAGCGCCAUUGCUCCUCUGUUCAGAGGAUUUAUCCUCAGUCUCUGUGAGGAUGAACAGAGUCAGAAGAAACCUGUGGAUGUCCUGCGACACAUCCUUGGUUUCCCCACCGAGGAGCUGCUGAGAGGUCCCGUCAUCAAGGAGCUUCAGGAGCAGCUUGGUCCCCAGAUGCCUUACCUCCACCUCAUCCACUGUCGCUGGCAGUGGCUGCACGGCUCCGUGGAGGAGACGGUGGACGCCUUCGAGAGAGCGCUGGGGUCGUCCAUGCAGCUGGAAGAGCUUCACAAACUGUGGAUGGAUUACCUGCUGUACAGCUGCAGUCAGCAGGCUCGCAGUCCGGCACACACUCAGUCCAAACUGUUCUCAGACCUGGUCCAGCGCUGUCUGAGCACCGUCCCGUCUCGGCUGGAGGUCCCAUUCAACCCGGCAGAGUUCUGGACCUGCUACCGCUUCCACAACAAGGUGGUGACUCUGUACCUGAGCUGUCUGCCACAGUCCCAGCAUGCACUGGUGCUGGAGAGACUGAGCUACGCCAUGCCUAACAACUCUGAACUGAGCCUAAGGUUGCUGCAUCAGGAGUGGCUGGACGGGAACCUUGAACACCUGAAGUUUCAGGCCAGGAUGCUGAGCAGUACCUCUCCAAAGUGUCUGGCCAACUGGAGAAUAGCGAUCGCUGUGGAGAGGGAACUAAAGGAGCGAUCUGAGGUGCGACUUCUCUAUCAGCAGGCCCUCCUCAACCUUCCACUGUGUGCUGCCCUGUGGAAACAUCGCCUGCUGUUUGAGGCAGCAGAAGGAGGAGGACAGGUGGACAGACUGAGGAGGCUGUUGGACAGGUGUCAGCAGGUGGGAGUCAGUCUCAGUGAGUGAGCUCAGACAGAAGACGUCCGUCAGCGACACAAUAAACUCAAAUCAGAAUCAAUAAAUCAAUCAGCUGUAGAUGAUUGAGUAAGGGCAGACAGAUGAGACGAGGUAAGACAGACGUCUCCUCUCCUCCCCCCCACCUCCUCCUCCAGGACUCGUCCUUAAAUCACGUCUGUACGUAAGUAUCAGCUGCUGAGUGACGCUGUUCAAUUCAUGUCCUCCUGUUUUUGUUUCUGUCACUUUUCAUUUUCAGUUCCUCCUUUUUGUUUUUAAUUUUCCUCAGGGGGGGGGAUGGACCGGGGUGUCUCACUGUGGUGUUUGCCCCCCCCUCCCCCUCCCUCCCUGUAGUGAUGCUGCACAUUGUCUUUCUUUGUCUCUGAGGAAAAACAAGACUUUUAUUUUGUUAAUCUUUUUGGAUAUGGAUCUGUGAUUGGAGCACAGCCGCCGCCUCGUUAGUGUUUUCUAUUCAUCCGAUCUGAAUGUGAGAGAGAAAGAGAGAGAGAAAGAAAGAGAGAGAGAAAGAGAGAGAGAGAGAGAGAGAGAAACUGCCACAGAGACUGAUCCAGAUCCAGACCAGCACCGCUGUUAGAGACAGUCAGGACCUCACUAACGAGCUCUCAUGUGCAAUUUGUCUUUUUUCUUUUUGUCCAAUUCUCCAUUUAUUGAUUAAAUAUAUUGAUUAAAGAGUAUUAUUAGCAAGGAGAGGAGAGAAGUCCUUCCACUGUUGUUUUUUUUUAUAUGUUGGAUUUAAAUGUUAUUAAAUUAUUUUCUAAAGAGAGCAAA